UGACGUUGGAAUGAUGACGACUGCGCUUUGCGUAGUUUCCCACAAUCCUCUCUGAUUUGGUAACAGACGGGCCAGCGAGAAGCGUAGAGGACUACACUCAAUCGCCUGAUAGGGACUGCAAGCAUGGCUUCGAGCAAUGGUGCGGUGGGCAAAUGGGUUGUGGUGAAGAAGGGCAAGAAAAGUAAUAGCACGGGGGGUGGUAAAAGCUCGGCGGAAAGGAAAGGUAACUCGGUGGACAGGAGAGCUCUUGGGGAGUCCAAUUUGCCAUACAGACAGCCCACAAUCAUGUCGCACACCAUGUUUGAAGCCUUCGAGAAGAUCUCAAAGAAACCGAACAAGGAGCAGGUUCCACCACCACCGCCACCUGAACCUCAAAAAAAGAAGUCCUCUCCAACGAAACCAUCCAAGAAGUUGUCCUCCAGUACUGCAUCCUCCCCUGCCACUCACAAGACUUUGGAAGAGGCCUUUAAAGCGCUGAAUGUUGCAGAUCUGAAAGAACAGUUGGCUAAGAGUCAGGCGAUUUUCUCCCAAAACCCAUCGGUGUGGUCAAAAGACCUGGCGGGAUACCUCAACUUCAAGCUGACUGCACCAAAUGUGGAGCCAACUCUCAGCAGCUAUGCUCACGACUACCCAUACUGUCUUGCGAGCAAAGAGCUGAAAGCUGUCAUCAAAGGCUUUAUUGGGAAUUGCAAUGACACCCUGCCAGAUUUCUUUGACCACUGUCUUUACAGCAUGCUCCGAGAACUCGAGAGGCACUCUGGGGAGCCACUACAUGGAUACAGAGUUUGCAUUCAAGCCAUUUUGCGAGACAAACCCAAACUGGCAACACAAAACUUGCCUACGUAUUUGGAGUUGCUGCGAUCAGUGCAGAAUCAUCCCACCAAGUGUUUGACCAUCAUGUGGACUCUGGGCCAGGCAGGUUUUUAUGACCUGAGCCAGGGACUAAAAGUGUGGCUUGGUAUCAUGCUUCCUGUCCUGGGGGUGAAGUCGCUGUCCUCAUAUGCCAUUGCCUACCUGGAGCGGCUACUCCACCUCCACGCAAACCUGACAAAAGGAUUUGGCAUCAUGGGACCAAAAGAAUUCUUUCCUUUGCUGGAUUUUGCCUUCAUGCCCAAGAAUGCCCUGUCUCCAGGUCUGCAGAAGCAGCUACAGCGCCUUUACCCUCGUCUCAAGGCCUUAGCAUUUGGAGCCAAACCUGAGAGCACCUUACACACGUACCUGCCAUCGUUUCUGUCCAGAGCCACACCACACUGUCCGGAAGACAUGAAGAAAGAAUUGCUCAACAGUAUGACAGAGUGUUUGUGUGUAGAUGUUCAGAGUUUAGGUGUGUGGAGGCAGCUCUACACUAAACAUUUAGCUCAGUCCAGUCUGCUGCUGAACCAUUUAUUGGGCUGCUGGAAUACCCUGCCACCAAAGAUGAGGAAGAGUCUUGAAGACACGAUUCAAUCCUUCAAAGUAACCAACGAAGAGAUUAAAGAAAACAAUCAAUCUCAGGACCUUAACGACUGCAACAAUCUGUGUCAGUCACUCCAAGUGAAGAUGCGUGGACAUGGUUUCCCCUGGUCUAAACUGCUGUUGGUCUUGUUGGUGUUUGCCGCAAGUUUUAUUGCUCAGGACAUCCGCUCUCACAACUCCUUCACAGAUUCAGCCACAGGCAGACAUCUUCACAGCUCAGGUGUAAUAGGCGUGUCCCAGCAAGUGUGGAGGAAAAUUACAGUCUACUCUAAGCAGGGAUUCAGCUGGCUUAAGACAAACACACCAUAUUAUUACUCUGAGAGUGUGCGGGCCUUUGGACCACUGAUGGAUCAAGGUCUGGAGAAAACCAAAAUGGCUGCCAUCUUCAUCUCUGAAAAAAGCAAUCACAUCAUCGUAUGCGUCAAAGAAAACAGCCUGCUGCUCAUUGAAUGGGUGAAAACAAACACUCCUGACAGUAUCCAUGAUCUUUUGGCUGAUCUGAAAACGUUGCUCCUUUUCGUCCACCAAAACUACAUCUUGCCAGUAUUAAAGUUUUUAAUAGAGCUUCUACAACAAGCGUGGAUCAGCCUUCAGGACUCCUGCAAUGGUGAAGUAUCUGUUUCGUGUCUGAGAGGUCACGCAUUGUCCUUCACCAACUCAACGUGGCAGCUGCUUCAACAUACGACAUCUAACAUCACGACGUGGGCUCAGGAGCUGCUGACUCAAGCGUAACACACAACAGACACAUGUACAGGGCACACAUUCACAGUAAACACACAAGUUGACCCAGUCUGAGGUUGCCUUUCACUGCGUCUCUUCCUCUCUUAAAAUGUGAUUGGAUUCCUUCAGGUCAAAUAACUAACUCUUAUGGAAGUUGGUUUUGAUGACUUUUUUUUUUUUUUUUAAAUGAAGAAGCUCACAGUACUGUGAGUGCCUUUUUUCCCCUCGAUCAAUCCUUUUUCACUGCGGGAUGCACACACAGAUUGAAUUUUCUACUGUAUAGGUUAGCUUAUGUACAUAAGCUUGAAAGAUUUAUUAGGGACUUUUAUUUAAAUUGGAUAAGUGUUGUAUGAAACCUGGCAAAGUGUUGAGAAAUGACCAAAAAUCUUUUCUUACCUGAUUACAUUCUUAUUAAAAUGUAGAAGUUUAGAUUUCGUUUAGUGUGUGUGUGUGUGUGUGUGUGUGUGUGUGUUUUUGAACGUUCACUAGCUAGCUCACAGACUGUUAAAUAGCUACAGGUGUGUUGGUCACGUUAGUCCAGAAAGUUCUCAAGAACCUGACAAAUUGUUGUUUGUAUUGAUUUCUAGCUGCCCGCCACUUUCAUCAGCAGUCAAGAUUGAUGGCUGAUUUCUUUUUUUUGUCCAUGUAUGUCCCCGCACGGACACUUAUUACAAGGAUUUUGAAGGUUUAAAAGCCCUGACCAAUGUUCUUAGCCACGCGAUCGGUGUAACAAUGUCACCCUCUACUGAAAACAUUUCACAGUAAAGUGAUCUUUAUUGUCCCUGUGAAAGACAUUUGGAUGGAUGUGAUGAAUUUGUUAAUAAAUGAGUGAUGAUAAAGA